GGUGGCGGCGGCCUUCGUGGCCUACUGCCUCUACUUCGACCAAAGGCGCAGGGCCCGCCCGGACUGCGCACGGCGCCUGCGCAACCCCACCAGAUCCGCCGAGGGAUGAGAUGCAGCAGGAGUUAUUCCUGGGAGAGCGCUCCUUAGCCAGAGGACACACUCCGGGGGCCGUCCACCUCAACAAGGCGGUGGUGACGUGCGGGCAGCCCCGGAAACUGCCGCAGAUCUUCGGGCGAGUGCUACCCUCGGGCUUCUUCGACACGUUCACCUGUCCAACGCCCGUCGAGUGCCAGCCACCCGAACCCCAGACGGAGGAAGAGGAAUGUUUGGAAGCGGACACGGAACCCCAAAUGGAGGAAGAGGAAUGUUUGGAAGCGGACACGGAAUGAGGCGUUCGAGCAGCGGUGCCGCUUCCCCGCGAGGACGUGAGCGGGCACCGUCUCCGCCCCGGGCCUGCUCAGUGAUCAGAUGCCAACUGCA